AGUCAGCUUUACGACUUGUGACCCCUCCGAUCCGUCGCGGAGAUCUGUCACUUCGCGAAACAACGAACUAGCAUAGCAACGGUUGUCAGGACGGUUUGCAGCUUAAACAACUGUUUCAGGUGAUAUACAUGCGCUAGUAAAGUAUAUUCUACACUUGUAAAAAUAGGAUUAAGAAUUCAAACAUGAAAAAAAAAUAUCUCCGAAAUAUUUUCAUUAUAAUUAAAGGAUUUUGAAUAUACUUAAAAUGUAUUUAAUCUAUUUUUAUGACAAUUAUAAGAGCGGCGGAUUACUACAAGAAGGGUUUACUCCUAAUACAUAUUCAUCAAUUAUGCAAAUUAGCAAAAUAUCCAAGAUGGCUGCCGACCCGGCGCUGCACUGGAGGAGAGACAUCACUUGAAAAAAUACGAAAAGUGCUAAGAAUAUGGUGAUGUAAAGGCAUAUUCUUGUGCAAAAAGGCACAAAAGAUUGCAGACAUCAUGCAAGCUUUAUCUCCGACAGAAGAUUCAGUCAAACAGCCGGUACCGACGACGCUAACAUGGAAAGACCCAGUGGAAAUAACCCCUCAGUUCAGGGGCUCCAACGGAGUUAGCGGAUCGCCGGCUGCUGGGCCGCCAGGAGAUAGGCGUGGAAUGAACCCUAGGAAUGGCCCGUCCUUCAACCCGCAGCAGCAGCUGGGGUCGAUGAACAUCCAGCAAAAUACCAGACCCCAGAAUGGUCACCAAGAGUUUGGAAAUCCAUUAAUGGAAGCUUCACAGCAAAGUGGGAUUCCAGAGAGUGUGAUGGUGAUGCCAAUUAUUGAUUCAAUUUCGAUUUCCAAGCAUUCUUCCGACUUCAGAUCAAAUUCAAGUUCUCCUCCUUCAUCGAGAAAGGCCGUUCGAUCUCGUGCUCGCCCAAGAAAACCAGAAGAGCCUGCCCCAUUUCUUAGUGUUGAUACUUUACCAGCUGACAAAGUACUGAUUGAAGGAAAGUCAAAUUCCAGCAAACAACUCUCCAAAAAGCCAGGUAGAUCUGUACCAAAGAGAAUCAGUCCAGACUUCAUACCACCAACAUCUGGUAGGAGAUCACAAACUCCUAACCAUCCUCCCUUCUCUCCUUAUGGAGGAGGAAAGAGUACCCCAAGGGUGCCUUCUAGGGCUGGAUCAUCACUACACAACUACAAUUCUUUCUUUACUCACAAAAAUUCUGCAUUUUUGGCUGGUCCUCCGUCAUUGUGGUCACUAGGAAACCGAUUCUGGCCUCACCAGGCAACUCCUAAUGAGGGGAGACGAAGGCUUGCUCCUAUUCAAGCUCCUUUAGCUCUAGAUGCCUCUACACUCAAGGCUAACUACCAAGUCUCGCAGCCAUUCAAACACAGUGUGGAUAAUUCAACACCAAUAGAAAGGCCUUUGUCUCCAAGCCAGGAUUUGAAGGAAUCUACACUAUUAGCCUUGCAUGAGGUAACCCAGGCUCUAGCACGGCAACAGGACCCACCUUCAAGUCGCAAAGGAGGCAGGUUGUUAAAGGGAAAGCUAAAGCCAUUACAUACAUUUAAGAUGGAUGGACCAGGAAUAGAGGAAUGCCAAGGAAUACUAACAGAGGAUGGUAAUGAAGGCCAAACAGCAGACAAGGCUCGUCUACUGCAACGGAAGAAAGAACUACUUAGUAUGCUACCUCCUGAUGUCUUCCAGAGGUCAUCACCAGGAAGCACAGGACAUACCAGACCAGCCACACAAGGAUCUAUCCAUAGGAACUCUAUUGUCUCAGCACUGUCCUUAGAUAGAGAGAACUACCCUGCCAGCCAACCAUCCAUGCAACAAGGCCAGCUGAGAUCACAGAGUAUGGUGGAAGGAAGUGGAUCCAUAGCUCCAUUCAAUAGCAUGGUGAUGAUAAUAGAUGACAGUGUCAUCAACCAGGUUGAUAUCCCUGCUGUUGACCAAGAUGCUAAGGGUCCUGAGAACACAGAGAGUUCAAGAUCCAAGGAAGAGGGUGUGGCUGUUCAGGAUACAGAGCAUCUGACUGCUGGGGGCGAUGCAGAUAAGCUAUGUGAUGCUACUAGUGAGUCCAAUAUGAGUGACUACCUUAGUGAACUUGGUGGUGGUAGAGCAGAGAUCCUGUGUAACAUGGUCAAGAAGAACUCUCAGGCCAGAAAUGACCUGACACAGGUGGAUGAUGAACCUUCUGAUGCUACUGAACUUGAGAAUGGCUAUGAUGAUGAGUACCCUCUGGAGAGUGUCCAACAGAAGGAUCUAGCUUUAGAUACUGUAGAAAUAGGUGAUGACAGCAGUGAAAACAAAAAUGUACCUACGGCAACGAAAAGCGAAUCUCAGCCCAAUGUUGAUAAUGAGGUUCCAAUUAGCAAUAAUGUUGAAUCAGAAAAUGUGCCUAAUGAUAGAAGAAAGUCCAAUGGUGAUUACCCUGAACAAAGUGGCUCACCAUCCAUUUUGAAAGACAGUAUUACACAUAGUAAUAAUGUGGCAGAUAUCAGUGAACAAAACCAAAGGACUAUGCAAAGCGAGUUCGAACAAGAAGCAGUCACUACACAAGAGCAUCUUGAACAACUUCCAGUGUCAAAUAAAGACAGUGGAGUAUCCGAAAAAGCAACAGAUGAGGAUACAGGGAUUGAUGUUGUAGAGCCAAAUGUACAAAGUGAGCCUAAUAUGCAGAAUGCGUCAGAUGAGUCAAAUGGAUCAAAACUUGUAGAAAAUAUGAAAGAGACAAUAGAUGAAAGCAAUAAUAACACUGUGCCUGUUGUGAAUGAAUCCCACAGAAAAGAAUUUCAAGAUCUGAACAAUAAUCCGUCCAUUGAUGAUUCAGUCAGUGCAGACGUAGAAAGCCAUAGUGUAAGCAAUAACGUAGAGAGAAACCCUUCAAGGGAACAAAGUGCCACAGGGGAUAUUAUCCCAUCUGAUGAUGCCAUCUCGCGAACAAAAAACUUUGAUCCUGUUAAGACAGCAGGUACUGAUUCAAUACCAAUAAUUAUCCAUGAAAAUGAUAGUAGUAUUACCAGCAGCCAAAUAGAACCAAAGACUCUACCAGCUGAAGAUCAUCAGCAAGCUGAAAUGUUACCUCCAAGUGAGAUUGUCUGUAAUACCGCAGACCACAAAAGUGAUUCUGGUCAAGCCACCACCUCUGUAUCAGGUGUCACUCAGGACUGUGAGAAUGAUGAAGUCAGAGAGGAGAGUAGUGAAAUUUUAUCAAGUGCAAUGAAGGAAGAGAAGAAAGAAGAGGAAGAAGUGGAUGACGAUGCAAAGGACACAAAGGAAAUGGAUGAUGGAGAUGAUGGUGAUAGAGGAACAGGUGGUGAUAGUGGUAAUAAUGGUGGGGAUGGAGCGAGUGGUGGUGGGUCAGGUCAAGGUGGUAACAGCAGCAAUUCUAAUGGAGGUGGGGCUUCAGGAGGUGGAGAAGGAGGAGGAGGAGAUGGGAACAAUAAAGAUGAUCCUGGAAACAAUCCAAAUGGUAAUAAUGGCAAUAAUCCUACUGAGAACACAGAAGCCAAAAGUGAUGAAGAGGACCAGGAGAUCGAUUUCAAGAACUUAGAACAAUUGCUGAAAGAAAUUCAGGCUCAGACUUUGAACAGGAAAGAGGAGAUGUCCUCUUAUGAUGACAUACCAGAAGUUGAUGAUCCAUUCCUGUUUUGUGAUAACUGCGGACUUGAUGAGGACACCUGUGUUUGUCCCGAUAGCUCUUUACAUAGAUUCCUUGGACAAGAUAACAUCCAGAAUUGUUCAGAGCUUGAGGAUGAGGAACUUCUUGAGGAAUCCAGUCAGCAGCAGAAUAUUGUUCUGGAGUACAAGAUGCUUCUUGGUGACCCUCAUCCAGGUACUGGGUGCUAUAGUGAUGAUCUAUUGUCACCAAGGGAAGCAUGGAAUGAAGAUGGAGAUGACCAUCGGACGUCGAGGUCAUCAAGGGCAGGACCGAAGUCUGGACUUCCAAAUGACAUUAUGCUAGCUACUGGUGUCUCCAUGACACCCGUGCAACGUCCUAUCUCCGCAAAGCUCAGACCAGGCUCAUCAAGGCUAUCUCGUCCAUCCAGUCAUCGCCGACCAAAAGAAGGAAGAGAAGCCAAGAUCAUCUCUGAGGAUGUUGAUACAAUGAGUGAUAGUGGAUGCGGAAGUGAGAUGUCUGAAGCAAAGACCCAAGCCAGUCAACUCUUCUCAGAUGAGAUGGAAGAAGAUUAUAACUUGGAUCAUUAUUUGGAUCCAAAAGCUCAGCAACAAGAACAUCUUGGAACUGAAAUAACAGAAAAUGAGAGUAAAUCAGCUAAUCUUGAGGUUAUUGCAAGUUCAAAACCCAGGCAUGCCAAGACUAAGACUGAUGAUGCUCCUGUUCUAGCCCCCUUCCCACCCCUCUGCUUUAAGAUCAAUGCCCGACCACCCCCAGGAAAACUCUACUUCUUCUCAUAUGGACCCACGAUGAACCCAAAUAGGUUGUCUAUGUAUAUUGGAUCACAAGCCGAGCAGAGACUUUGGGGUAUUCUGUUCGGAUUUGCUCUCAAAUUCAAUAAGAAAGGUGAAGACUUAGAAGCUGGAGGUUUUGCUAAUAUUGAGUUUUCUCCUGAGAGUUCUGUAGAGGGUUGUGUAUACUGUAUGAAUCCAUCUCAGCUAGAAUCCCUUGACAAGUUUAUGGGCUGUCCAGAGUUCUAUACCAAGAUUGUUCUACCAGUUUGGAUGGUAAACUGCCAGGACCCCAAUCAGCUUGGAGUAGCUCAGUACUGUGUACCAGCUGUUAUGUACAUUGCACAGGACAAAUGGACACAUACAGAUGAAUCAAGUCCUCUUGCCAGUGGAUACAGCGUCCGACAGUGCAUGACUGGUGCAGACCUUCUCUCUCCAGCCUACAAGCAACAUAUUCAGACCCUGGUAUGCUGACCUCUGACCUGGUAACCUGACCUAAUAACUUCCCUGGGAAUAAACCUAGAUGAUCACUCUAGCAAUGUGUCCUUGGGAUCUGAACUGGUGGCAUGGUACAUAGUAAGAUACCCUGCAGGCACGGACAAUGUUUGAUACUACAGUAUAAUAAACAAGUCUAGCUCAAGUUCCUGCCUGAACUUGUUCCUUGUGAACUUGCAAGGCAAGCCAUUAUAAAGAUAUAAUCUUGUGGCGUGGGUCCUGUUACAUAAAGCUUAGCGAUUGACUGUAAGGCUGAUUUCUAUGAUUGAUUGCAUUGAUAAUUGUGUAUGAUCAGUCAUAAAAAGCCUCACACUCAAUCACUAAUCUUCACGUUACAAGGUCCAAUCAUUCUCACUGGGAAAGCUGAUGCACAGAGGAUCACACAAAAAAAAAAUCCACAUGCAAUGAGAAUGUGGGUUGAGUUUUUAGACUUAUCUGUUAAACAUUGAUCACUCCCCUCAACUUGAAAUUAAAGCUGUGCUGUUGAGAGAAAGAAACCCAAAACAUUUGAAUCUAUAUGAUUUACGGUAUAACAAGGGUUGCAUAAAACUUACAGUUAGAGUCAAUGGACACUGGCUUUUUAGAGUUAUGCUGCAUUCAACUUGCAUUAGGAUUAUAACUUCAAAAGGAAACAAUUUAACAAAUUCUAUAACAGAGGUUCCACCCCCACCCUUUCAAAUACCAUUGUGGAACCAUAUAAUUCUGAAUUCUCUGAAUGAAUCUUUGAUAUUGUUGUAGAAUAACUGUUUUCAUGGGUUAAGUCACAUCAUUUGACAACAGAUGAUGUUAAAUUACAAGCUCUGAUGAUAUUCAACCCACUUUUGUGGGGGUGUAUUCUCAUAGCCAUUGUUUUGCUAAACCUUGGUAUACUUAUGCCACACUUUUAUGGAGUGUCAGUUGUCGACUCAUUAACAACUAAAAAUUUUACUUAUUUUGCUGCAAAAAGUCAGAAAAUUAAUUAUUUGAGACAAAAAAUUAGAAGAAUAAAAAAUAAAAAAUCAUGAAUUUUUAAUGAAUUGAUACAUUAUUAUUGCCAUGAAUAUAGAAGAGUAUUAUGAAUCCCAGCAUUCCAUAGAGGUGUUUAAAAUUCUAGUUUAGAUUAGGACUAAACCUAGGUUUAAUUAUCAGUAUACAACCCAGGGGGGUUGAAUUCGUCCCAUUAGGUUAUCAUGUAAUUUAAUCUAGGGAUUGAAGCUUCAUGAAUUCUGGCCGUAAUGGUAUUUAAAAAAAGAAAAAAAUAUGAAACACCAAGAUAAAAGGUAAGACUAUCAUUUCGAAUAGUUUGUUUUAAAUUGAAAUAAGGCAAAUGAAUGGAUUGUAAUUAAUCAAAAUAAUAAUGCACAAAAAGUGGCACUUUGUUCUUUUAAUAUUUGUUUUGAUAUGCACCCUGAUCCACCUUGUUGAUCAUUACUUUCUUUCAUCCCACCUUCAAAUUGGCAGCACUUUUAUGAGUACAGUUGUACAAGUUACAAUGUAGUUUGAAUGUGAGUGAUGGUUUUAUUAUUUUUUAAAUAGAAGGAAGAAGAUACAUUUUAAGUUGAAAAUCAGUUAAUAGUUUCAUCUAGAUUUUGAUAUUUUCACUGCUUUUGUGUUCUUUUCAAAAUGGAUUAAUUGUUGAGUAAGUGGUUACUUUGAAUGAUGCAUGUAUGAUUCUGAUAAAGGUACAUGUAUUGCCAAGUUGAAGAAGUACACUUUCCAAAAUUGAUGAAAGAAAAGAUACUUUGCCAAAUCACCCGACCUGUUUCCUUAUUGUGUGUAAAACCUCAACAAAAUUUCCUUUAAGCGGUUUUAUUUAUAUCACAUUGAAGCCAAAAACGUUAUCAUUGACCGUUAUUGUAGGCAUCUACAUGUAUAUGGACAACGGAUUAAAAUAGAUACAUGUAUACAACAUGGUCAGUGAGAUCUACAGCUGAAAUGAUUAGUAUUAAAAAUCGAGAUCCCUGAUGCGUUGAGUUAAUGAUACUUGUAUAUUUCCAUUUUCUUGAAUGAAUUACUCAACUAUGCUGUGAAAAUAUUUUUGGUAUAAUUUAUUGCUGUAGUGAACUCUGAAGGAAGCUGUGAAUGAGCACUAAAACAUUCUUAAGAAUUAUCGUAAAAGAUGAUGGGAUUUUUAUGAUACAUUUCUUGUAAUAUUGAUGCAUCUUAAGAAAAAAUACAUGUAUUUCAAAUCAAAAUGUUUGCAUGAUAUCACUGUGGACUCUGUUUACACCAUUUGCCUCCAAAUUAAUGAUGAUUAUACUUCUACUGAAACAAAUGUCUUUCACUCAUUUAUGUACAGAAAAGAGUGUUUUAUAUACGUGAGUGGACUUUUAGAUUUGAAUCCUAACGUCUUAAGCGUUGUUAUUUACAGUACUGCUUUAAAAAAAAAAUCGUAUUUAUCUUCGUUUACGUUUGAGUGUUGUGUUAGAGUUUGCUGCUGUUUUCUGAUAUUUUGAAAAUCGUGUCAAAGGUCAUAAAGGUAUGAUUAAUCACAAAGUUGUGUAUUCACAUUGUAUAUUGAACUCUUGAAUUAUUUUGACUGCAUAUUUUUGAAAUCAAGUUUUUGUCUACAAUGAUUUUGAACACAUUCAUUCCAUUUACCUAAAUCUGUAGUCAAUGAAGAGUAGCACUAUUCAAAUCACAAUCUUAUGCAUUCACAUAUUUUACAUUAAAAUCUGAAGUGAUUUCUUUUAAGUGUUAAACUUUAAUAGUUUAAUUACAAUGUUUGCCUCAGAAAUAGUAAAAAAAUAAUGUUUUUAUUGAUUAUUUGAAGUAUGAUGUUGUUUUGCCUAAUUAUGCCAAGCAAGUGUACACUGUCUUAAAAGAACUGCUGUAGAUAAAAUUUGUAUAUGUUAGGUAAAUAUGUAUCUAUUCUUUGAAUGGGUUGUGUGUGCAUUAUGUUAGUCAAAUUAUUAAUUUGUGUGCAUCAUAGAUGUGAUAUUCACCGCAAAGGACAUUUUUGUAUCUCAACCAUAUGGAAGCUUGUAAAAGGAUUUCAUCAUAUAUAUUUGUAGAUGAAGCCAAUGUCAUGCAGACUUGUAUUCUGCACUCUGGUUUUAUUUAAACUCUGGUACCAAGUUGUGCUUAAACUAUGGCUAGCCAAUUGCAACAUAGAUUUGUGACAGUACAGGUUCAAUUGAAUUUGACACUGAAACAUUCAUAAAUGUCUGAAACAUUCAUAAAUGUCUGGGAAUAACACCUUAAAUAGUAUUCUUCACCAUUACAAGCACAAGAAAAGAGCAUAGUAAAAAAGUAUUUAAAAAAGUCAACUUUGAUAUAUUGGCUUUCCAUAAGUUUAGCACAUCAUUGAACCAUGGCCUAAUUGAAAUCAGACUUCAGAGCAUGGUCAGUGUCUUUAUUGAGGCUCAGUAUUGCAGCUAUGGUAAUAUUUGAUUUAUUUUACAUUUGUUGCUUUUGAUUUUGGGACAUAUUCCCAAUUUGUAUGAACCCUACAGCUUUAUGCCUGUGGUAAAUCCAUAUAAGUAUAUGUUGGAUGGGCUAAAUUACACAUUCUGUUUUUAAAUUAAGUAUGCUUUCUUCUUUCCAUCUCAAUUCCAUAUUAAGUUUAUGCACAUUUGUUCACUUUUAUCAAUCUAAGUAUGUAUGUAUAUUUUUCAUAAGUGAUGAUGAUGAUGAUCUACAGCAUUUAUAUUGUGCCAUAUUUCUGUUCAAAACAUUCAUAGGCACAGGCUCAGCCAAUUAAGCUAAUUACUACACAUCUGCUGAAAUAAGUGACUGAUUUAACUUUAUUAAUGAAUUGAAUGAAAACACUGAAUAUAAUUUUAUACAGCAACUUAGCAAAAUUAUUUAGAAUUUUUUUUGAUAAUUUAUUUUUCAAUUUGCUAGGUAUGAAGUAAGUAUCACUCAUAAUUCAUAUUUCAUAAGAUAUUGUGAAAUAUUUGAUUUAUGUAAAAAGAAAAUGAGUUUAAAUGUGAAAAUUAAAGUGGCAUAAUUGAGGGAAAUAUAUAUUUAUUUUAGACUAAAUAAUUAGAACUGAGAUGACAAGAACCAAAUAGUCACAUUUUGCCAGUUUUUUUGUUUUUGAAAAAGAAACAAAUAGAUGCUGGAGACAAGCCACGUAUUGCACAGAGAAACUACUGACAAAAUAAUUUGCAACGUGAAAAUGGUUUGAAAAAAAUAGUAAAUUUCAAUCAUAAUUUCAGCCACUGAUUAUUUUUUAGAAGGUAUGCCAUACAGUCUCCUGUGAAUUAUCAGUGAUAGAUCACAGGAGACUGUAUGGCAUACCUUCAUAGACUGAUAGCUUUUAAACAGAUUGUGUAUUGAAUGAUUUCUUUUUUUUUAGUUAUUGCAAUAACAAUUAUACCUUGGUCACAUUUGCUCUACGGCGGCCGUACGGCGAGUCGAAAACAGCCGUUUUAUUAAUUUUGAUUCAAACCACCUAUAUGUAGUUGGACAAAAAAUGUUAAAACGGCUGUUCUCGACUCGCUGUACGGCCGCCGUAGAGCAAAUGUGACCAAGGUAUUAUUGUAAGUAGCAUUUUGUUAUUCAUGCAAUAGCACACUACUUGAUGCUUUUUUUUUAAUUCUUCUGAAAUUCUACCAAAUUCUUUCUCAUGGAACCUGUAGUAUUAAUGAAAGAAAUUCUUAAAUUAUAAUUAAAAAACACUAUAUACCUUGAUCAAUUUAUAAAAAUUUAAAUAUAUGUAAAAGGUUUGUAUGCAUUUGCACAUAUUCUAUAGAAAAAAAGAGCAAUAAAGUGUAUUCCGUCCUGAGUGAAAAAUGA